AGAAAGGUCCCUCGCCCACUAUGGACGCUCACUGUGUGUCUGCCGUCGACCUGACCUGUCAAGGUCUACAACCAACAAGCACAUCUGACUACAAAACACCGUCAUGGCGCAGAGCGUCGCGACCCAGUACGGCGGCGAGCCCAACCCGCUCGACACCACCGGCCUCUGCCUGCUGUCGCUUGACGGCGGCGGCGUGCGCGGCCUGUCGACGCUGUACAUCCUAAAAGGCCUAAUGACCCGACUAAACCACGAACGCCAGAAUGCCGGUCUUCCUCGUGUAAAGCCAUGCGAGGUGUUUGAUCUUAUUGGCGGCACAAGCACAGGCGGACUUAUCGCUAUUAUGCUGGGCCGGCUAGAGAUGGACAGUGGGAAAGUGAAGGCGCGGUUUGACUCAGCGAAGCUGAAGAAGGCUGUCGAAGAUGCAAUCUCUAAGACGGAUGCGUCCUUAGCAGACGCCUUUAACGAUGGUAGGAAGCGUGGGUGUCACACGUUCGUCUGCGCGACGGCAAAAGAGACGGCCGGCGUCACACGCCUAAGAAGCUACACGCUGCCUGACGAAGGUGAGGUCCCUGCGACUAUCUGCCAGGCAGCCCUUGCGACGUCGGCGGCGACGGGCUUCUUCGACCCUGUCUCGAUCGGUGCCCGACACUUCGUGGACGGCGCGCUGGGUGCUAAUAACCCUGUCGACGAGGUAGAAGGAGAGGCGACUAACAUCUGGAGCCCUAACACGGGCGACCUAAAGCCGCUAGUUAAGUGUUUUAUUUCUAUUGGUACUGGGAACCCUGGUAAGAAGGCGCUGGAGGAUAACAUAGCUAAGUUCCUGUCGAAGAGCCUAGUUGGGAUCGCGACAGAGACAGAGGAGACAGAGAGGAAGUUUAUCGCGCGAUGGGCGAAGCACUACGACGAGAAGCGAUACUUCCGCUUUAAUGUCGACCAGGGGCUGCAGGAGGUUGGGCUCGCUGAGUAUAAGGAGCAGGGCAGGAUGGAGGCGGCGACAGGCGAGUAUCUACAACAUCAGGCGCAGAAGUUUCGGGUGCGGGACUGCAUUAAGAACCUACAGCAGAAGCAGAAUAGAACAGAGCUGUCCUUCGCAACGUCGAUUAGUGAAUACACAAUGCACUGCCUUACGCAGCAGCACAAGACUCGAAAUGUGCACUGGAUGGUCCCUCGUCCCGUCAACAGCCUGUUUACUGGCCGCUCUGAGCUCAUAGAGCGUAUCCAAAACGCUUUACGCAACAACGACCCGGGCACAACCAAGAAGAAGCAACUAGUCAUCACAGGCAUUGGGGGCAUAGGCAAGAGCGAGGUUUGCCUUAAGGUCGCGGACCUGAUGCGAGACGACCUCUGGGGGAUCUUCUGGGUCGACGUGGGCAACCGGUCGACAGCCAAGAACGGGUUCUUAGCCAUCGCAAAAGCACUUAAGACUUCUGCCGAGAGCGUUGAGGAGUCGCUCCAGGCACUUGCAAGCACAAAGGACUGCUGGCUGCUGAUCUUGGACAAUGCCGACGAUCCAGAGGUCGACUAUGCGGCGUACAUCCCGCCGGGGAAUCAAGGCGCGGUACUUGUAACGUCUCGCAUCCCUGAAUGUCGCCAGUACAGCACUGUGCCUCCUGAAGCGCUCGAGGGCCUGGACGAAGAGCACUCGACGCAGCUCCUGCUCAAAGCCACGCGCAUGCCAGAAGAGUCUUGGCGGUCGUGCGAAGAGCAGGCGCAGGCUAUCGUGGCACUGUUAGGAUCGCACACGCUUGCGCUGAUUCAGGCUGGGGCGUACAUUGCAGAAGGAUACUGUCGAUUGAACCAAUACGCAGAGAAGUACAAGCGGCUGCGCAAGCGGCUGCUAAAGCACUACCCUAAGCAGCAGCAGUCGCGGUAUCGGCAUAUCUACGCGACCUUCGAGGCAUCGGUAGCAGUGCUGAACGAUGCUGAAGAAGAGGCGGGCCAGGACGCCCUAGACUUACUUGGAGUUUUUUCGAUGCUGCACUCUGGUGUGCUUCCGCUUCACCUCUUUCGAGGGGCGUGGAGAGGAGGUCAAUACGUGCUUGCGACAGACAAUGACGAGAUAGACGAGAUGGACAAAAUCGACGCUCUUCGAAAAUGGCACGUGUCUCAGCUACCCGAGUUCAUCGAUAGCCAAGCAGAUGAGUGGGACGACUACCGACUGCACAAAGCCAGCGCACUACUUGUCUCACUCUCUCUAGUGACAAGACACCGCUCAGAUGAGCUUGACGGACUGUCGAUGCAUCCGCUGGCCCAUUCAUGGGCAAGAGAUCGGCUGGGGAAGGAGCAGCAAGAGGCGUCUUGGGUACGCGUGGGAUGCCUGCUCGCUUUGUCGCAGGGCCAUUCAGAGGCGUGGCAGGUGUACGAGACACAGCUGCGGCCACACCUGCAGGCUUUCUUGUCGCCCAGCAUCGAGGCGAUGUUUUCGUUUGGCCCACCGGGGACGAUGUUGCCUAUCCUGUUGACGUGUGGCUGGGCGCUGAACACGAUGCGAGAAGAUAGCAGGCUCGAGGCACUGCUGGAGGGCCUCUAUAAGGUUCUUCAGAUAGCGCCGUCGGACCCGUCACAGGAACAUAUGCAAAUAUGGGACCUGUCAGCUAGGAACAUAAGACAUAUGGGACACGCUAGUCAGGGGGUAGCGCUGCUGGAGCAUGUCGUCAAGGUCAAGGAGACUACGCUGGCAGAGACUCACCCAGAUCGGCUCGCAUCACAACAUGCGCUUGCUCUCGCGUAUGAUGCCAAUGAACAGCCUCAAGAGGCAUUGCCUCUCCUUAAACAUGUAGUUGCUGUCGAAUGUCGAGUUCUUAGUGACAACCAUCCCUCGCGGCUUAUCUCGAUAAGAGCACUACAAGCUAUAGAGUCACGGUUGGCAGCAGGCAAAUACUGAGUCUAGCGGGUAUCUCUCUCUCUCUCUCUCUCUCUCUCGUGUUCUUAUGCUGGUUCUAGUGCUAUCCCGACCCUCUACAUUCUCUCCACUUUUGCAGUUACUUUCUACUUAUUAUACUACCUAUAUUUAUAAAUGUGUAAGAUAUUUUAAACGUGCU